CUGCUGGGGGAAAAAAAGGGUAAAAAUUGGGGUUUAGUUUUUUUGACGACGGGAACUAACCAGGCAUAACCAAUCAGAAUAAGUGUUUCCAACCAGAACAAAACGUAAACCCUAGUAAAGGGGAUUUUAGCCUUUCGAACAUAACACAGACAGACAACUCCUCAAAAAAAUUCCAAUGGGCAAAGAACCCUUAGUCAGCUCCAUGGCAGAGCUAAAACGCAAACAACAAGUCAAAAAGAAAUCAAAAUCCUGUGGCUUCGAAUCCCUUAACCUAAGCCCCAAUGUCUAUCGAGGAAUCAAGCGUAAGGGUUAUCGUGUCCCCACCCCUAUCCAACGUAAGACCAUGCCUCUUAUCCUCGCCGGCAUCGACGUCGUCGCUAUGGCCCGCACUGGAUCCGGCAAGACCGCCGCCUUUCUCCUCCCCAUGUUAGAGAAGUUAAAACAGCACGUGCCUCAAAGUGGUGUUAGAGCUCUCAUACUGUCGCCUACUAGGGAUUUGGCGUUGCAGACUUUGAAAUUCACUAAAGAACUUGGCAGAUUCACUGAUCUUAGAAUUAGUUUAUUGGUUGGUGGAGAUCGUAUGGAGAGUCAAUUUGAGGAUUUAUCGCAAAACCCUGAUAUUAUUAUUGCCACUCCUGGUAGAUUAAUGCACCAUUUGUCUGAGAUUGAUGACAUGUCGUUGAAAACGGUUGAAUAUGUUGUUUUUGAUGAAGCCGAUAGUCUCUUCGGUAUGGGUUUUGCUGAGCAGUUGCAUAAAAUUCUUACCCAGCUGAGCGAGAAUCGUCAGACUUUGCUUUUUAGUGCAACUUUGCCCAGUGCACUUGCGGAGUUUGCCAAGGCAGGUUUAAGAGAUCCUCAGCUUGUUCGGCUUGAUGUGGAUACUAAGAUUAGUCCUGAUUUGAAAACUGUGUUUUUUACCUUGCGCCAAGAGGAAAAAUAUGCAGCGUUGAUUUAUUUGAUAAGAGAUCAUAUUAGUACCGAUCAACAAACAUUGAUAUUUGUUUCUACAAAACAUCAUGUCGAGUUUCUAAAUGUUCUGUUUAGAGAAGAGGGCAUUGAGCCUUCGGUUUGUUAUGGUGAUAUGGAUCAAGAUGCUCGUAAGAUUCAUGUAUCGAGGUUCAGGGCACGUAAGACUAUGUUGUUGAUUGUGACAGAUGUUGCAGCUAGGGGCAUUGAUAUUCCGUUGCUUGAUAAUGUGAUAAAUUGGGACUUCCCUCCAAAACCUAAGAUUUUUGUUCAUCGUGUGGGGAGAGUUGCUAGGGCAGGUCGGACUGGAACAGCCUUUUCUUUCGUGACAUCUGAAGAUAUGCCUUACCUUUUAGAUCUUCAUCUGUUUCUCUCAAAGCCAGUCAAGGCUGCUCCCACUGAGGAGGAGGUUUUGCAGGAUAUAGAUGGAGUAAUGAACAAAAUUGAUCAAGCAUUUGCAAAUGGAGAGACUGUUUAUGGGCGUUUCCCCCAGACUGUCCUUGAUCUUGUGUCAGACAGAGUUCGCGAAAUCAUUGAUUCAUCAGCUGAACUAACUUCUUUACAGAAAGCCUGUACAAAUGCUUUUCGUUUGUAUACAAAGACCAAACCAUCACCUGCGAAGGAGUCCAUUAAAAGAGUGAAGGAUUUACCUUGUGAAGGAUUACACCCAAUAUUCAAAAAUGUUUUGGAAGGUGGUGAAUUAAUGGCACUUGCCUUUUCUGAGCGUUUGAAAACUUUCAGACCCAAGCAGACUAUAUUGGAAGCUGAAGGUGAAUCAGCCAAGUCAAAGAAUCUGCAGGGUCCUGGUCAGUGGGUUGAUGUCAUGAAGAGAAAAAGAGCUAUUCAUGAGGAGGUCAUUAAUUUGGUACAGCAGCAGCGCUCUAACAAGCUGGCAGACAAGCUGGAAGUUGAAACUGAAAUUACUUCAGAUGAAAAGGAGAAAAAAGUGGUUCGUGGUUCUAAAAGAAAGGCAAAGAGUUUCAAGGAUGAGGAAUACUUCAUUAGUUCAAUACCAACUGAUCAUCAUACAGAGGCAGGUCUCUCAAUGAGAGGAAAUGAUGGCUUUGGAUCAAAUAGGUUGGAAAAUGCUGUGUUGGAUCUUGUUGCAGAUGAUAGUGGGGGGUUACAGAAACAGAAAACCGUAUACCACUGGGAUAAGAGGAAUAAAAAGUACAUCAAACUAAACAAUGGUGAUCGUGUUACAGCCAGUGGAAAGAUAAAGACAGAAAGUGGUGCUAAAGUAAAAGCAACCAAGACUGGGAUAUACAAGAAGUGGAAAGAAGGGUCACACAGGAAAAUAUCUCUUAGAGGAACAAAUAACGAUGGGAAUGCUGAGGAAUCCACAAGCUUCUCAGGAAACCGCCAAUUACGAGGGAAUAACAGGAACUUCAGAGGGAGCAAAAAGCAGCACUCUCUGCCUAAUGCUAAUGUGCGUUCAGAAAUUAAAGAUCUUGAACAAGUUCGGAAGGAGAGGCAGAAGAAGGCAGACAGAGUUUCUUAUAUGAAGAGCAAAGGUUCAAAGAGUAAAAAGUUUGGAAAAAAUGGAAAAAGGGGCAAACCUAGGAAGUAAAAGCUUUGUCAGAUUUGAUCGCAUCUCGAGGCACGGCCAUCUUUAAUAAAAAAAGAUGUAGGAACUCAGAAGUUACAAUUCGGAUUGCCUUGUGAUUCUACGCAAGAGGGCCUUCACAAAAAAAAAAAAAAAAAAAAAAACUCAAAAGGGGUGUGCAAAAACUAAUUUUUACCUCAUCAAAUGUUUGUAAGCUAUUUAUGUGGAGAAUAGUUUGUUAGUACAUUGUUCUCAGGCCAUACGCCACUUUUAGAUUCUCCAUCUUUUCAGCAGUUGAGUUUUUUCAUCAACGAUCCUAACAGGCUAUUUAUUCGAAGCUCUGUUCUCGAA